ACCCGCACAGCACGCCAUAACAUCUAUACUAACCAGUAACUAAUAACUUCCCACGAUUUCUCAUAACUCAGGCGCAAGCAAGUGCAGUAUAAAAUAUCAAAAUGAAGUACACACUGCCCUCCCUCCUCCUCCUCCUCCUCGCCGCCUCCGUCUCCGCUGCCAGUCUUCCUUUAACAAAGCGCAUGACCUGCAGCGCGGGCCUAGACAACCCGUGUCAAAACUUGUACGUUCCCGCCUCGUUAACCUCUUUCCUACUUACCUACCUACCUACCUACCUACCUACCUACCUACCUACCUACCUACCUACCUAUCUCGUCUACCAGAUAGACUCUUAUGUUCCUGGCCGGCUAGGUAGGUGGGUAGGUAACUAACCGCGCAAAGAUGCCAAUGCUCCAGCGGCAGCCUCGCUUGCCACUACGACCCCACGUCCCGGUG